AUGCGAAGGGGCAAAAGUCAUCGUCAGCUUGUGACACUAGAGAUCCUGCCGGUAGGCCAGCAUGCCAGUGCAGCCACCCAGGCCGACCGUGGGCGCGGCAUCCUUGAAGGAGAACGUUGGGUGUCACAUAGCUGGGCCAUCAAGUGGCAGAGCUCUGGGCCCACGAGGGGACGUGGCCUGAGCGAGAGCCAGCCCCUCGUGCCAACAUACCCCAGCUCUACAACGACACACCCCUUUUUGCGAGCGGCGCGGCCGCAAUCCCGCUGUGCGGCCGCCGGCCUGACGGACACCCCCGCACGCUCCGCCCCCGCCGCCCCCAGGACGGCUGCUGUGGCGGCGGGCUGGGUGCCCUGGGACCUCCGCCGCCGCUGCCUGCACCAACGCUGUCCCACUAGCCCUAUGACCGCGGGGCCCGCGCCGCAUCCCCGUGAGCCCGGCCCCCGGCCUGGGGCGCGGCUUGCGCGCCGCCCUGUGCCAUCAAUACUUGAUGGGGGGUCAGUGUUAGGCGCCCUCAACCUGUCACCGCCGCCGGAGCCCGCCCCCGCCCCGCCGUCACAACCACUGUUUGCGCUCUCUCCUUGCUCUGCGAAAAUAGCGCCGCCAGAAUUAGCAGACCAAGACGCGCCGUCACUCGUUGCGCCGCGACCACCCGCGCGUGGUCGCUCUGGUCGCCAGAGGUCUCUGCCGUCGCCCACCAGCAGUGACACGCCGCUCUCACCUGUCCAUAUUCUUUAG